UUGGGGAAAAAAACACAUGUGGACUGGUUUGUCUCCUGGUGACCAGAAAUUUCCUUCUUGUUUACUUUAAAAAGAACCAAAACGAGGCGUAGCCCAGAGAACUGAGCUGCCACAGUUUGGCAAGUGCUCAAGACAGAGCUCCAGAAGAAAGUGCAGCUGGGCACCUCUGCUUAGGAGAGAAGCUGAGCAGGCUGUGGCCCUGGGGUUGACCCAGGCCCUGCAGGGGUGCACAGUGGUUAAUCACCCCAGCCCUGCGAGAGCCUCCUGCCCUGGAUUGGCUGGAUUUUCAGACAAGGUUCUCUGGUGCCUUCAAGAAGCUUCCUAAGGCCCUGUGGGAUUCCCAAGUCUAGUCUCCAGAAAAGGGUGGAUCCCCCAGCUCCCAGCUGCGGGAGGGGGAUGCCAAGCGGGGAACAGGGAGCCUUCCGCGGCCGCGAUGGAUGGCGUGGGCUCAGGCAGGCCGCGGCUGGUUUGGGGACAUCAGGAGAGGUCUGCACCUCCAGAGCCGGGGCAGGCCAGUUCAUCUUCCUGGACAAAGUUCUUGCUCCUCCCCGCGGCAGCCACGCCCGGACGUCACCAGGCUGCGCACCCGCGGUCCCUUUAAGAGGUCCCGGCCUUGCCCCGCCGCCUGGGACCCGAGUCCCCCGAGGAGUCCGCUAUGGCCGCGCAGCUGCUGGAGGACAAGCUGACCUGCGCCAUCUGCCUGGAGCUCUUCCAGGAGCCGGUGACGCUGCCCUGCGGCCACAACUUCUGCGAGGCCUGCAUCCGGAAGUCGUGGGGCCGCUGCGGGAAGGAGUGCCCCGAGUGCCGGGACCCCUUCCCCGACGGCGCGGAGUUGCGCCGUAACGUGGCGCUCAGCGGCGUGCUGGAGGUGGUGGGCACGGCGCCCGGCCGGGAUUCCGGCCCCGGCGCGCGCUGUCCCCGCCACGGCCGGCCGCCCGAGCACUUCUGCCGGACCGAGGGCCAAAAAACUCUGCCCCGCUAGGGCCGGCCGCUCGAGCUCUUCUGCCGGACCGAGGGCCUCUGCGUGUGCAGCGCCUGCGCCGUGAGCGAGUGUCGCCCCCACGAGCUGGGUCUGCUGGACGCCGAGCGCCGCGGGCGCGAGGUCCAGCUGAGGGCCAGGCUGGAAGCCACCCGGCAGCAGGCCACCCAGACUGAGACUCAGCUCCAGGAGCUGCUGCAGCAGAGCAGCCAGAUCCAGGACUCAGCCUGCAACCUGGCCUGCUCCGUCUCCGGCAAGUUCAGCAGCCUACUGCAGGCCCUGGAGCUGCGGCGGCACCAGGAGCUGAGGACCAUCAAGGCAGCCAAGGCGCAGGUGCUAGCACAGGCCCGAGCUGGGGAGCAGCAGCUGCGGGGCCACUUGGAGGCCCUGGCUUGCCAUGGCCGCAGGAUCCAGGACCUCCUGGAGCAGGAGGACGACCGGACCUUCCUCCAGGGGUCACAGCUCCUUGAGGCCCCAGGGCCUCUCAGGCCACUGGCCCCUCUGCAGUGGGACGAAGACCAGAUGCUGGGUGACCUGAAGGAGUUGCUGAGCCAAUUGUCUGGCCUUCUCCUGGAAAAGUGGGGCCACCCUGAGACGCCAGCCACGACCACCGACUCAGACCCUGUGGAGGCUCCAGGCCCCCCGGCACCAGUCCUGAACGCUGUUUGUCCACUGAGGAGGCAACUCUGGCAGAAUUAUCGCAACCUGACCUUUGAUCCGAGCAGUGCCAACCACCACUUCUCCUUGUCCUGCCAGAACCGGCAGGUGAAGCACUGUCGCCAGCCCCAGGGCCUGGCCAAGCCAGGCAGCUUCGAGCUCUGGCAGGUGCAGUGUACCCAGAGCUUCCAGUCUGGGCGACACUACUGGGAGGUCUGCGUGUCAGACCACUCGGUGACGCUGGGUGUUGCCUACCCGGGACUGACGCGGCACAAGCCCGGGCCCCACACGGACAACAUCGGCCGGGAACCCUGCUCCUGGGGCCUCUGCAUCCAGGAGGACAGCGCCCAGGCCUGGCACUGCGGGAAGGCCCAGCGCCUCCCGAGGGUGUCUGCACAGCUCCUGGGCAUAGACUUGGAUCUGACCUUGGGCUGCCUCACUUUCUACAGCCUGGAGCCGGAGACCCAGCGCCUGCACACCUUCCACGCCCUCUUCACCCAACCCCUCUACCCCGUCUUCUGGCUCCUCGAGGGCAGGACACUCACCCUGUGCCAUCAGCCCUGAGCCAAGCUCCCUCCAGGGCCCCAACAAGAGGCCUCCACAACCAGGGAGACUACACAGAUGACCCAAAAGACCCUGAAGACCCCGAAGGCCAGUCACGACAAGUUCUCGCCCUCCCUCCUGACCCAAAAGCUGCAGCAGAAACGUCCAGCUGUUUAUAAGUCCUUGCCGAGGAGCUCCCGAAGUGCUGCCCUGGCCCUGGAACUGAUCUUCAGCCUCUCGGCGACCACAGCUGGGGUGGAUCAGCAAGCAGGAGCUGACUGCAACUGGGUCAGGUGUCCCCAGGAGCAUGAGAUGCCCAAGUACACAGGUGUUAGUGUUUGUGGGAAGAAGAGCCACCCGCACCGCAUCAUAGCCAGGGCGCAGCGGCUGGAGGAGAGUCUGUGCCCGCGCCACCUGCGGCCCCUCGAGCGCUACUGCCGCACGGAGCGCGUGUGCCUGUGCGAGACCUGCGCCGCCCAGGAGCACCGCGGCCAUGAGCUCGUGCCGCUGGAGCAGGAGCGCGCGCUCCAGGAGGCCGAGCAGCCCAAAGUCCUGAGCGCUGUGGAGGACCGCAUGGACGAGCUGGGUGCAGGCAUUGCACAGUCCAGGCGCACGGUGGCCCUCAUCAAGAGCGCAGCCGUGGCAGAGCGCGAAAGGGUGAGUCAGUUGUUCGCCGAGGCUGCGGCCACCCUGCAGGGCUUCCAGGCAGAGGUGUUGGGCUUCAUCGGAGAGGGAGAGGCCACCAUACUGGGCCGCUCCCAGGGGGACCUGCGGCGCCAGGAGGAGCAGCGCAGUCGCCUGAGCCGGGCCCGCCACAACCUCAGCCAGGUCCCAGAGGCCGACUCGGUCAGCUUUCUGCAGGAGCUCCUGGCCCUGAGGCUGGCCCUGGAGGAGGGCUGCGGCCCUGGGCCCGGCCCCCCGAGGGAGCUCAGCUUCACCCAGUCGUCCCAAGCUGUCCGGGCGGUGAGAGAUGUGCUGGCCGCAGCCUGUGCCAGCCAGUGGGAGCAGCUGCGGGGGCCAGGCACCCACGAGGACGGGCUGCAGAAGCUGGGCUCGGAAGCUGAUGCGGAAUCCCAGGACCCGGACAGCACCAACCACCAGGAGAGCGAAGCCCCCAGGGACUACUUCCUCAAAUUCGCCUACAUCGUGGACCUGGACAGUGACACGGCAGACAAGUACCUGCAGCUCUUCGGAACCAAAGGCGUUAAGAGGGUGCUCUGUCCCAUCAACUACCCCGAGUCGCCCACCCGCUUCACCCACUGUGAGCAGGUGCUAGGCGAGGGCGCCCUGGACCGGGGCACCUACUACUGGGAGGUGGAGAUCAUCGAGGGCUGGGUCAGCAUGGGGGUCAUGGCCGAAGGCUUCUCCCCGCAAGAGCCCUACGACAGGGGCCGCCUGGGCCGCAACGCCCACUCCUGCUGCUUGCAAUGGAAUGGACGUGGCUUCUCCGUCUGGUUCCACGGGCUGGAGGCGCCCCUGCCCCACCCCUUCUCACCCACGGUUGGGAUCUGCCUGGAAUAUGCUGACCACGCCCUGGCCUUCUACGCCGUGCGGGAGGGCAAGAUGAGCCUUCUGCGGAGGCUGAAGGCCUCCCGGCCUCGUCGGAGUGGUGCCCUGGCCUCCCCGACUGACCCCUUCCAGAGCCGCCUGGACAGCCACUUUGCAGGGCUGUUCACCCACAGGCUCAAGCCUGCCUUCUUCCUGGAGAGUGUGGAUGCCCAUCUGCAGAUCGGGCCCCUCAAGAAGUCCUGUAUAUCCGUACUGAAGAGGAGGUGAUGCAGGGGUCGGGCCUCCCCACCGUGGCCUCAGCCCGUGGGAGCUUGCGUCUCCAGGCCCCCAUCUCACUGCAGGGAAGGCACCAGCCUUAGAGACCCACACGCCUCCAGCCUUCUCAUUUCUGGAGGCGGCCACCUUCUAUACACAUGGCCUCCCACCCCUCUGGGAGGAGGCUCUCCGCACCUUGCCCUGCACUAGGCCUUGUUUCAGGGAGACAGCCAGAGCUGGGAAGGCCCAGGCUACCCCAACCCUCCUUUCCCAGGCUUCUAGAACAGUGCCUGGCUUGUUGUAGGUGUUCAAUAAACAUUUGUUGCGUGAAUGA